CACGAUACAGCUGAGGGCAGGACGGUAGUUACGUAGUAUAUCGCUCCCCGGUUAGCUACCGUAAACUCACGCAGGUUGCUUCUUACUCAAGUCAGCGAACUGAGGGUUAGAUCCUCCUGGCCAGCGCGGCUUCCUGCCUUCAACACACAGCCUCUCUCUCUCUCGCUCUCUCUCGCUCGCGCUCUCUCUCGCGCUCUCUCUCUCGCUCUCCCCGAGGAAAUUACCGCCGAGCUGCUGUACACGGGCGGCGUAUAUCAAAUGAACUCGGUCAUUCUGGUCUAUGAGUUGGUCCAAGAGACGCGACGAUGAAGUCGUUGUUGUUACUGGUCGCCAUUCUGCGGGUCGCCGAGACAACCAAGCCAUACUCUCUGCCAUACCACGCGGACUCAAAUGGACUCUGUCAGGACCCCAAAACAGAAUAUGUAGUCUAUGACUUCAAUUUGUGCUGCAGCAGGUGUCCACCAGGAAAUCGACUGUUGCAGAAGUGCACCAACACUACUGACAGUGUUUGUAAACCAUGUCCAGGAGGCCAGUACAUUGUGGACUGGAACUACAACCCAAACUGUUUUUCCUGUUCCAAGUGUAAAUCAGAGAAAGGUCUAGAGUUUGCCCAGAGGUGCUCUAGUACCAUCAAGUCAACGUGUGUGUGCCAGCCAGGAAUGUACUGUGUAUUGGGAUUUGACGACCCAUACUGUGAAGAAUGUAGGAAAUACAAAUCCUGCAAGCCAGGCCAAGGGGUCAUUCUACAAGGCACAGCGCUAUCAAAUGUGAAGUGUGCACCUUGCCCAAAUGGGACGUUCUCUGAUAAACCCUCCUACAAUGCUUCCUGUCAGCCUCAUUCAACAUGUCAUGGAAGGGCUGUUGUGAAAAAGGGUGAUCCUUUCUCAGAUAUUGUGUGUGAACUCCUGCCUUUCUCACACUCCACAAUGCCCCAAAUCCCAUCAACACAGCCACAGACUCAUUUUGUGUACACAACCGCCAGUCCACUGAUGCCCAGGGUCUCAUCAGGCUCGAGCGCCACACUGUCUGCCAGUUUAUCUGUUCCAGUGGCCAUUGUCAGUGGUCCAACAAAAACCCUGCCACAAGGCACUGACAUGAAAGCAGUUGCCAUCGGUACCAGUGUGAUUGGACUUCUGACUGUUCUGGUCAUUAUUGUCGUGGUUCUACUGCGCCGACGUAUGAUUCAGAAGAAAGAGUCUGAAAUUGAUUUUCCUAAAGUAGAAGCAAAUGGAAAUGGCAAGGAAGGAGAUAACAACAAUCAGGUUUAUUUAGUGGAUGCUCAGCUCACUUCAUCCACUACUUGCUCCCUGGAACAGCAGUGUCUUUUGGAAACAGAAGAUCCGUGCAGUAGCCCCAGUCAGGGUUGUCAUGAUGCUGAACCUUUGAAGGAGAGUUGUUGCGGCCAGGAGUGCAGGACCAUAACAGCUAUUCCCUCUACCAUACCCUUGAACAACACACAGUCUUUUCUGUCAGAGCCUAUGCCUUUGCUCUCCAUCACUGAGCCCAUCAGCCCUGAGUCGGUCCCCCCUCAACCCACCUCUCAACCCACCAGCCCCCAGCUCAUCAGUCCAGUGACCAACAAUCCCCAUGUCAAUGUCAACAUCACUUUUCACAUAGGGAAUGGGUCCUGUGGUGCACUAUCCAUCAUCCCCAAAGACUCAACACAGACAAACCCUGACCUCCCCGUUGGGAAGGAGGAGGAGUGCUGCAGCAUACCGCAGCAAGAGGCUGGCAAGCAGUCACUGAUGGCAGUGCAGGAGAGUGUCAGCUAUGAUUGAUGCAGUCAGCGAGUACCAAAUAACCUAAACCAUGUUUUCUCAGUAUUGGCUGUUACUUAAAUGUGCGUGUGUGUGUGUGUGUGUGUGUGUGUGUGUGUGGGGAGGGGAGAGCACUUUUUUUCCAGGCAGCAAACAUUUUGCAGCAACUUUGCGCCAUUAAAUGGCACUUUGUUUAAUAUGUAUAUUGACUGUAAAUAAAAGAUAUGAAUAUUU